CAAGCAUGAUGAGCUGUGCAGAAGAAUAAACCGCAUCAAAAUAUUUAAGUAAUUGCAAAGCAGCUACAAGUUGCACUUGCAGUCAGUGAUUCAUCUCGGGCGGAGGUUAGAAUAAACUUUUUGUACGGGCUAGUAGGUUUGCACUUGCUUCUCUCUAGCAAAGAAGAAGAACAUGUCGGCCGCAACCCCGACCGCUAUCCGGAUGGACAACCCAUCUUCCCCCGCCUCGCCACGCAGGUCUAAGGUGGAAAUGGCGCAGGAGGGCUACGUGGCGUUUCUGAAUGCCAAGCUGGCGAAAUUCUCCCGCCCGCUGUGCCUCGCGCUCACCAUCACCGUGCUGAACUUGAUCUUUUUUGUAACCAUGUUUGCCGUCCUAUCAGAGUGCACAGCUACUCCCCCUCCCCCUCAUUUGUAAUGCAAAAUACCAAAGCCACCCUUUGCCCCUUGGCAUGUUUUGCAUGACAAGCUCUGGCAGGAGCCCAAGUAGCACUACACUCCUGUGCAAAUUUGUCAUGCAAAACCUGCAUUCUUGCUAACACUUGUAUUGCCGUUCAUGCUAUACAAAUGAGGGGGACCGAGGGGGAGUAGUUGUGCACUGUCAUACGUCCUGAUGGUUCAAUGCCCCGUGGAAGAGUUCUCUUCGCUGCACAUCGCUAUCAACUGUAAAUACGUCUGGGUCUGGAAUAAAGGUUGAACCUGUAUUGCGUGACUCGCAUAUCUAAAAAAUCUGUACUGCAUAAGCAGCAAAUUAUAAAGCACCACACUUUCGUUAUGCAAGAGCGCACUUUGUAAUGCGUUCUGCGCAUGAUCAAACGUUUGGAAACUUUGUCAUGCUGCACUGCACUCAAAGCCACAGUCAAUCGCGUUCGUGAGCAUUCAGCAUUACAAGUUUAUUCCGGACCCAGACAUGAUAUUUGCAUUUGAUAAUCGCACCCUUCGGGCAAAUCAACUGGAUGAUUAAAAACGACAUGAUCGAUUGCCUCCAAAUGGUGGGCUUCCUGUACUACGACACCAACAUCUCAUUCCCGCCGCAGCGUCGCGAACUGGAAGAGAAAACCGUGAUCCUAUCCCACGAAAAAACUGCUUCGCUGUGAUGAUUUAGAUUUCAUUGCAAGAUCUGCAUCACGAGUUUGAUGAUGAUGUUACACAUGACACAGAAAAUUUGUCAUGCGCGCUCGCCAAGGGAGCACACGCGUGAAGAUUCUAUGUCUUGCAGGUGUAGCAAAUCAAACACUUUUGUGUUUUAUUUUCUGCAUCACAAGUUCAUAGUGAAACAGUUUUUUCUUGCGAUAUAUCCCGGACGACCUGCAGGCCCAGCUCCGCUCCUUGGCUGCUACUGGUACUGCGAAUACGCCAUCGCCCGCCGCACACCCGCAGCGCGGUUGGGGACACGGUAUUGAUUUCUACUUGAUAUGAUUGUUUAGUUACGCAGAGCUCAUGACGCCGCGGAUUCAUUUUCGUGUAGAUCUUGUUGCAGAUUAUGAUUGGACAAAAUAACAAAAAUGCAACAGCUCCUCCGACUUCGCGCAAACGGCUAAGUCGGGAAAACGCAAGAAAUUCGUCACAUGUGUACUGUAGAGGCUGCAAAUUAAAGCCAAAAACGCACAUGCCUGCUGCAAAUGCUUUCAAUUUUGGGCGGAAUUUGAAAGCUUUGCAGUAAGUACACAUGUGACAGAUACGCAUGAAUUUCCUGGAUUUUCCCGACUUAGCCGUUUGCGCGAAGUCGGAGGAGCUGUUGCGUUUUUGUUAUUUUGUCCAAUCAUAUUGCAGAUGCAUGAAGCAUACAGUGUUGGUUUAAGGCUCUACUACUGCGAUAGAAGACGACGCGAAGAUGAAAUUCAAUGUUAUACGAUUUCGUGGAUGUAAGAGGUAGAUAAAUUAUGCGAUAACCAUAUGCUUUUUCGUAUUCAACCAAUCAAUAGGUAUCUAUCAUUCGCUUCUCUUCUUGCAAGGCGGACCUGAGCAGCUCGGACUUGAAGUGGUGCGAAAGCCAUAUUGGCGACAACAAGGAGAUAUCAAAUGUAAAAAUGUCUGGGUCUGGAAGAAUGCAUGUUUGUCAUACUUGUCUGACAUUACUAUUAAAUCUGUCAUGUACGUUGCCCAAGAGCCGCAUUUUUCUGUCAUGCGGAGACGCAAUUUGUCAUGCAGAAUAGGCAACACCUACAAGCUCAUAAAUUUGCCAUGCUGAGCCAGCACUUGUGGCCUCCUCAUGCUACGCCACUCAGCAUCACAAGUUUCCAGACCCAGACAUUUUUACAGUUGAUAGGAGAGGAUCGACGGGUCGCUGAUGGACAGCAUGGACACUUCCUCGUGGUGGGUAUGCAAUGUAAAUUUUCUCUACAUGUACAAAAUGCAUGACAAAUUUCGCUACCUUGCAGAGCCCAGCUUGUCAUGCUGCACUAUGAUUGAAGGCAAGUUUUGUCAUGCAGAAACCACAUUUGUACGUGUACGGGAAAUUUACUGUGGAUAGUGGGGCUGCCCAUCCUACAACGGGGAUAA